AUGACAGAAUUCUUAAAAGGUGUAAUACUUUCCGUUUUAUCGGAAAAAUGUUACGAGGAAUAUUUCUUCAAAUACAACUUCCUUGACGUACCUUGUUUUAAAUCUACAUUGAGUAAAGGUCUCGGCAUCGGGAUUAUUGCUGGCUCUAUAUUGGUGAAAGUUCCACAAAUUUUAAAAAUCCUGGGCAGUAAGAGUGCCGAAGGUAUUAACAUCUAUGGAGUUUACUUGGAGCUAUUUGCAAUCACUGCAAAUUUUUCCUAUAGUUAUGUUAUGAACUUCCCAUUUAGUGCCUGGGGUGAUGGAACAUUUUUAGCAAUUCAGACAGCUAUAAUUGCUGCAUUGGUAUUACAUUAUGGGGGAUCACCUGCAAAAGCUUCACUAUUUCUUGCUGUUUAUGCAGGACUUGUGUCUGUUCUUGUGAGUGGAUUCACCCCUAAGGAUAUAUUGUGGACAAUGCAAGCAACCAAUGUUCCUAUUAUAGUUGCAGCUAAGUCAAUUCAAGUCAUUACAAACUACAGAAGUGGUAGUACAGGGCAACUAUCUGCAGUAACCUGCCUGCUUCUGUUUGUGGGCAGUAUAGCUAGAAUAUUCACUUCUAUUCAAGAGACUGGUGACUUCAUUAUAAUAGUUACAUAUUGUGUAUCAACAAUUGCUAAUGGAGCUUUAGUCUUGCAACUCUUCUGGUACUGGAAUGUUGACAAGACUAACAAAAAUAAAAAUAAGAAAAAGAAGAAGCGCACA